AACUCUCCCACCAAAUAUGUUGCCUGCUGUAUAGUGAUUAGGCGUCUCACUAUCACGAUUAGAGUGAGUUUGAGUGGGGAUGAGUAGAAUAACAUUAUUAUUGGCUAUAGCACUCCACGCCAUGCAACGUUCACUUGGAUCGGAUGGUUAGCAUUCAACUCCACAAAGCAACUCAGCAUUCUUGUUUUUGAUUUUGUAGCGAAGAUCUGGAGUAGUGCCUGGUUCCGAGGUCAUGAGUUCAAUGAAUCAUUAGGAGGCUCCAGUGCACCUAAAUAGAAAGUGCAGAACGGUAGGCCGACUUUACUGUAGAUAUGUUGUUUUCUUAAAUUGGCCCAUUAUUCAAAUUCUAAUUCCUUUACACAUCUUGACUUGAACCUCUUGUUCAAGCAAGUCGAUAAGUAUACAGUGAAUUGGGAAAGGGAUACCUAGGAUAUCUGGGUCGGUCUUGCAUUGAGAGUGAUAAAACUGAGUGUCAAAAUGAGCCCACCAGGAGGAUCCUGGUCUAAAGGAGAUGAAAAAGAUGCCCAGCCUCCUGAAAAUAAGAAAGUUUCCGAAAAUGAAGUGGCUUUUAAGAUUAAUGGCAAAGAAUAUCGAGCAUCUGGAUUGCCAAUCUACAUAACUCUCAACACCUUCAUCAGAGAUCAUGCAAACCUGAAGGGAACCAAAUAUAUGUGCGAAGAAGGAGGAUGUGGGGCAUGCAUUGUUGCCGCUACUAUACCCAAUCCACAGACUGGCAAAUCAACAACUAUCGCUGUCAACUCUGUAAGUUCAGUCAGAGGCAAAUAGAUAGGUUUGUUGAAGGCAAAUAUUAUUAUCAAA